UUCAGCUGCAGCCUUCAGUCCUCUCCCAAUAUGGCGCCUCGAGCUCGCUGAGUUUUUUCUCAGGCUUUCGGUUCUUGGACCUUUACCGAGAAAUGGUCACAGUGUCGGACUGCAGCCGGAUAGCCCCGUAUAGACAGAGUCGUUUGUGAGCAGCAGCGGGAAGCCGCAAUUCCCGCCCGCACCCCACCGCCAAGCCGGAGUAGGAGGCCUCGACGCCGCCCGUCAUGGCUCACUCCCCGGUAGCCGUGCUAGUCCCCGGGAUGCAGAACCACCGAGCUGAUCCAGAAGAGUUAUUCACAAAGUUAGAACGCAUUGGGAAAGGAUCCUUUGGUGAAGUUUUUAAAGGGAUUGAUCACCGGACUCAGCAUGUUGUUGCUAUAAAAAUCAUUGACUUGGAAGAAGCAGAGGAUGAAAUUGAAGAUAUACAGCAAGAAAUUACAGUGCUCAGUCAAUGCGAUAGUCCAUAUGUAACCAAGUACUAUGGAUCUUAUCUGAAGGGCACUAAACUAUGGAUCAUUAUGGAAUAUUUAGGCGGAGGAUCAGCACUAGAUCUACUUCGUGUUGGUCCCUUUGAUGAGUUCCAAAUUGCUACCAUGUUAAAAGAAAUCUUGAAAGGCCUGGACUAUCUACACUCUGAGAAUAAAAUUCACAGGGACAUCAAAGCUGCCAAUGUUCUCCUGUCUGAGCAAGGGGAUGUCAAACUUGCAGACUUUGGUGUUGCAGGGCAGCUGACAGACACGCAAAUAAAAAGAAACACAUUUGUAGGGACACCAUUUUGGAUGGCUCCAGAGGUCAUACAGCAGUCGGCUUAUGAUUCCAAGGCUGAUAUAUGGUCCUUGGGUAUUACGGCAAUAGAGUUAGCCAAAGGAGAGCCUCCAAAUUCUGAUAUGCAUCCCAUGAGGGUUUUGUUCCUCAUCCCUAAAAAUAAUCCACCAUCCUUAGCAGGAGACUUCAGUAAGCCAUUCAAAGAGUUUAUAGAUGCCUGCUUGAACAAGGAUCCCAGCUUCCGUCCCACUGCAAGAGAACUCCUGAAACACAAAUAUAUUGUGAAGAAUGCCAAGAGGACAUCCUACCUGACUGAGCUCAUUGACCGGUUCAAAAGAUGGAAGGCAGAAGGACACAGCGAUUCAGGCUCUGAUGAUUCUGAUACAGAAUCAAACAACAAAGAGAACCAUACUCACCCAGAAUGGAGUUUUACUACUGUUCGGAAGAAGCCAGAGUCCAAGGCAGUGCAGAAUGGAACGGACCAGGAUCUUGUAAAAACCUUAAGUUCUUUAUCUGCAAUAAUAUCCCCGGUGUUUGCAGAGCUGAAACAGCAAGACCGAAACAACUUAGUGAGGAAACAUGCAAUUGAAGAACUUGAAAAAAGUAUCAAUGUAGCCGAGACCACUUAUCCUGGAAUUACUGACAAGAUGGUGAAGAAACUUAUGGAAAAAUUCCAAAAGUUUUCAGUCAAUGACUCCUAAUUCUGUUCCGGUGACCACAACAACGCUGAGGGACAUCCACCAAAUCUACUCCAAGCCUAGCCGUGCUUCGCUUUUUUCAGCUCCUUGUGCCUUUUGGACCUUUGCUAAACACAACAUUGACCAUGAUUAAGAGUUUGGAAGGAAACAACUCCAGUUCCACCCCACCUUUUUGUUUUUUUUUCUCCUCCCCAUUUUUUUUCUCAGUGAUGAUGUAAAUGGUUUUAUAUUUUCAGGAAAUGAUUUUGUAAAGAGUUGAUGACUUUUAUUACUGUUUCAUCUUUUUGUUUAAUUCUGUAAAUGUUCUGCUCCCGGGUAGUAAGAUGUGCGAGUAACAGUAUGUUGUGGUGGUCGUGUCGCACUAUACACUGACGGACUCCCCCCUUUUUUUUUUCUCCCCUCCCAGAAAAGCGUUUUCUCCUAUAUACUUUAGAGUCUGAAGUAGUGGGUUAGAGUUUGUGAAAUACACAAUAUCCAUUUAGCAGCUGUAGAGUAAAGUUAAUGCUUGAGACUCCUCUAGCUUGUGUAGCCCAUAACCAUGCUCUCCUGUGUACCCCAGAAUUUAUAAGGGGUGCUUCAUCAGAGCAUCCAUGAAGUCAGUCACUCAGUAGCUUUUACAUAUCUCACUAUGCUCAUGUGCACAUCUUUUUGUCUCACCUUCCAUCCAGUUGCUGGAGAAUUGCCUACAAAGGUUUUGCCAUGUAGAUGGUCGGCUGCAUUGACAUUGUUGCUGCUUUAAAGAAUGCACUUUGGCACCCUAUUUUUCUUAAUGAUAUGGAUAAUGUGACCGCAGCAUUUUUUUGUGCAGUGUAGAAAAGCAGAGAAACUUUAGUUCAACGUCCUCAAUUGCUAUCCUUCUUCUUUGGUCUUCAGUGUAAGUUUGCUUUUUUUUUUUUUUUUUUUUUAGAAACAUUAAAGCAAUAUAUUUGUUCUGUUUACUGGUAGUUAACAUAAGCGUUUUCUGCCUUGAAGGCUAAGUGAGUGCUCAUGUGUUGCAGAACCCUCCUGGAGACAAAGGUUUGAUUGAUGAUGUUCUUGCUAUGCUACAGAUGGGGUUUGAAUAUCAUAUGAAAAGCUACCCCCAUGAGUACUGAGACAAUGGUUUGCACCAGCAUCUUCCUCCAAGACCCAUUUUCCAUGUAAUAUAACCUAUUUUCUCUUUUGAUUCGCUCGGAUAACCACACCAUCACCUAUUUCUACUCGAGUGAACGCGUGUUUUAACUCUGUAUUUUCCAUUUCAUACGAGUAACUCAGUAGUGGCUAUCCUUUCCCACUUUAAGCGCGAUGUUUGGCAGCGAGACUCCUUCCUAAACAGCCAGCAGAACUGUAAAUGAUCAGUCCUAUAUUUAUGGUACUGCUAGAUAGGAUGCAUUCUUCCCAAGGCCCAUCUCCUGUAUAUAGAAUGAAUCGCUUGAUUUGCGCAUCUACGUCAAUUUUUGUUUUGUUGCAGUUGGUGUAAUUUUUUUUAUAUAUAUAAUAUAUAUAUAAAGACUGGAUGUGUCUAUUUUAUGAUCUGAGCCCACUUAUUUUUUUUUUUUUUUAAACAGGGAAUAUUAACUCCCAAAAGUGCCAGAGACCGUGGCCCACCAUUUCUCUCCUGCAAUGUAGGCCAACCUUUUGCACACUAAGUUAACCCCCCCCCCAAGAUGUCUGCCAAAUAUGUAAAUGCAGAGGUGCCCAACAGAUGUGCUGCAUUUGGACAAAUUGCCAUUACAGUGUUUAUUAUUUUAUAGAGGGAGUUACUGUGAUCUCCCUUGGUUCCAGCGAGGUGGCUAUUAUGUGACUUCAAGUGGCUUCCAGUGGCCUAAAGUAAACUCACCUCUUAUUUUCUGCCGGGAUAAGCAUGCUGCAAUGCUAAGCUACAAUAUAGUGGUGUACAGCAAAAACCAAGAAUCGAAAAUACUAGCAUCUAAUGUAGGGAUACACCGAAUCCAGGAUUCGGUUCGGGAUUCGCCCUUUUUCAGCAGGAUUCGUAUUUGGCUGAAUCCUUCUGCCUGGCCGAGACAAAUCGGAAUCCUAAUUUGCAUGUGCAAAUUAGGGACAGCGAGGGAAAUCGCGUGAUUUUUUUGUCACAAAGCAAGGAAGUAAAAAAUGUUUUUCAUUCCCACCCCUAAUUUGCAUAUGGUUCAGUAUUCGACUGAAUCUUUCGCAAAGGAUUCAGGGGUUCAACCAAAUCCAAAAUAGUGGAGUCAUUGCAUCCAAUCUAAUGCACUGACAGUGUAAGGUAUGAGUGUGUUGUAACUUAACUCUAACUCAUUAGUCUUAGCUCCACCAUUUCCUGCAUAAGGCGAAAUGCGUGGUUAUGUUUCCAUAUAGAUUGUAGACAUGCCGAGCAGCUGCAGUAUGAUGAGAUUAUUCUAUACUCUAAACAGAAUUAUAUAGACUCUAGCCAACCAGAGGAUUUUGAGCAUUUUAUGGAAUGAGCAGUAGUUCAGCGAUAGGCAAAUUUGCCCUUUUGUGUUUCCAGAAACCACCCCUGCACAUUCUAGAUCAGGAAUAUUCUCCAGCGUAAAAGAAUAAUUGUGUGUUUAGGUGAAAUGUCUCGGACUAAAGCAAAGUGCUCAGAGCCUUUAUAUUGCAGCAUGUUUAUUUCUGCAUGGGGUUAGUUAACCGUAGUCUUUGACUUGCCACACCUGGCCGGCACAUGCCAAGAGCGGGGAGAGAAAAUGAAGUGGUGCCUACACAACUGCUUUCACUUUUAAUUUCUCUCUUCUUUUUUUUAAUUUUAAGCAACUGUCUCUGUUUUGCAUUUUCCGCUUUCUAACUCAACGCUCGCGUCAAUUUUUAUCUCGAGAAAGUCUGAAAAUAGUUUUUGAAAACAAUGUUAUGAAUAAAAAAAAAAUAUUUUUAUAAAUAUAUAAAAGCAGUAAAAGUUGUAAAUACAGUUUGAUCAGAAAGCUUUAUAAGAUAACUUCUUCUCAAAUAGACAAAAAAAGAUAGUGGUACCCAUAUAUCCUUCGUAGUUAUUACUUGUAAAUCUGUUAAUAGAGUAAGCUUAUUUCAAUAUUUCAGGGGAUUUUAAAUGGUUUAAAAAAUAAAUAUUUAAAUUCUGGUAAAAUGC